GAGAGAGAGAGAGAGAGAGAGAGAGAGAGCAAACAGGGCUCCAGCAGUUGGUCGGUAUGUAGCAGCAGCUGAGCGUCCGCCCGGGAUUACAAAGAGGAAAAACGCGCCUUGGAUAGUAAAUAUCACCAGCGGGAUUAAAAAUAAAAUCAGCCGAGGAUGAGAUACACACCGUCCAACUGAAGGAGACUGAAAACACGCCGUUAUUUCGCUAAUUUAACACCGUUUUUUAACGAAAAUGGCGAACGAGUCCCCGGCUAAAAGUCUGGUGGAUAUAGACCUAGCAUCCCUGAGGGAUCCUGCUGGGAUUUUCGAGUUGGUGGAAGUGGUCGGAAAUGGCACCUAUGGACAAGUCUACAAGGGCCGACAUGUCAAGACGGGACAGCUGGCGGCCAUCAAGGUUAUGGACGUCACUGAGGAUGAAGAGGAGGAAAUCAAGCUGGAAAUCAACAUGCUGAAGAAGUACUCCCACCACAGAAACAUAGCCACCUAUUAUGGAGCCUUCAUCAAAAAAAGUCCUCCAGGCCACGACGACCAGCUAUGGCUGGUGAUGGAGUUCUGUGGUGCCGGUUCCAUCACGGAUCUGGUGAAAAACACCAAAGGCAACACACUGAAGGAGGACUGGAUCGCCUACAUCUCCCGAGAGAUCCUCCGGGGAUUAGCUCACCUGCAUGCUCAUCAUGUCAUCCACCGUGACAUCAAGGGACAAAACGUGCUGCUGACGGAAAACGCUGAAGUCAAACUGGUGGACUUUGGUGUGAGUGCUCAGCUGGACCGGACGGUCGGUCGAAGGAACACCUUCAUCGGGACGCCAUAUUGGAUGGCUCCAGAGGUCAUCGCUUGUGAUGAAAACCCAGAUGCUACCUAUGACUACCGGAGUGACCUGUGGUCCUGUGGAAUCACGGCUAUAGAGAUGGCUGAGGGAGCUCCCCCUCUGUGUGACAUGCAUCCAAUGAGAGCCCUCUUCCUCAUUCCCAGAAACCCUCCUCCUCGACUCAAGUCGAAAAAAUGGUCAAAGAAGUUUUUCAGCUUCAUCGAGGGCUGCCUGGUGAAAAACUACACUCAGCGUCCUCCCACUGAGCAGCUGCUGAAACACCCCUUCAUUCGGGACCAGCCCAACGAAAGGCAGGUCCGCAUCCAGCUCAAAGACCACAUCGACCGGACCAAAAAGAAGAGGGGCGAGAAGGAUGAGACGGAGUACGAAUACAGCGGCAGUGAAGAAGAGGAGGAAGAGGCAUCUGAGCAAGAAGGAGAGCCAAGCUCAAUAGUCAACGUGCCGGGCGAGUCGACUUUGCGCCGUGACUUCAUCCGGCUGCAGCAGGAGAACAAGGAGCGCUCGGAGGCGCUGCGCCGCCAGCAGCUCCUCCAGGAGCAGCAGCUCCGCGAGCAGGAGGAGUACAAGCGCCAGCUACUGGCCGAGAGGCAGAAACGCAUCGAGCAGCAGAAGGAGCAGAGGAGACGGCUGGAGGAGCAACAACGGCGUGAGCGCGAGAUGAGGAGGCAGCAGGAGCGCGAGCAGCGCCGACGUGAACAAGAGGAGAAGAGGCGCGUCGAGGAGAUGGAGCGACGCCGCAAAGAGGAGGAAGAGCGCAGGAGGGCCGAGGAGGAGAAGAGGAGGGCCGACCGGGAACAGGAGUACAUCCGCCGUCAGCUGGAGGAGGAGCAGAGGCACCUGGAGAUCCUGCAGCAGCAGCUGCUCCAUGAACAGGCCAUGCUGCUGGAGUAUAAAUGGCGGGAGCUUGAGGAGCAGCGCCAAGCCCAGAAGCUCCAGAGACAGCUGCAGCAGGAGCAGGCCUACCUCCUUUCCCUCCAACAAAACCAGAACCUGGAGAGUAACAAAACAGUCCAGCAACAGAACACCAAACCCCCACAGAGUGUUGAACAGGACAGGAUAAAGCCCCCGCAGAGCCCUGAGCCGGAUACAACAGAACAGCAGAGUAGUGACUCUGAAAAGACAAGUCAAAGUCACAGUCUGGAGAAAACCACAGAACCCAAGCUACCUGUUGCUGACCUGCAAGGCCCCACCCCUGACUCUGAGCCAAUCAGAGAGGCUGAUGAGCGAUACCGGAAGAACAUCCAGGGUUCUCCUCAGGCCGCUCAGACCAAACCACAGCAGCCUCCGGUGCCACCGCGCUCCGAGUCUUCCUACCCCAAUGGGAACUCGGCAUCUGAGGCACCCGCCAUGCACCCGCCUGCCAUGCAUCGACCUGUGGAACCGCAGGUCCGUUCCCAUCUGGCUGCUUUAAAGAGCAGUGGCAGCGUGGCAGCGUCAAACUCCCCCGCUACCACCCUGCCGGCUGCUGUGUCGCGGUCGCACUCCUUCACCGAGUCGCUCGCCCCUAGCUUUGAAAAUCUUCACCUUCGCAACAGCCAGGAACACCCUCACCCUCCAUCUUCAUCACCAUCCUCCUCAUCAUCAACGCCUGCACGCACUGACCCACAACCCUACCCGCAGCAUAGGCCCUCACCCCGUGAAGCGGCCCCUUCAGAGGAGGUCCCGCCCAGGGUUCCUGUAAGGACUACAUCAAGGUCCCCGGUGUUGUCGAGGCGAGACUCGCCUCAUCACCAUGGCAACGCCUCACACGGCAGCCAUGCUGUGCACCGCCCCUCUGCCAGUGCAGCAGAGCCUCGGCUGCUGUGGGAGCGAGUGGAGAAACUGGUUCCCAGACCAACCAGUAACAGUGGCAGCGGAGGCUCCAGUUCCUCCAGCAGCUCCAGUAACUCAAGCUCUCAGCCCGGUUCUCACUGCGGCUCUGGAGAAAGGUUCAGGGCCCGCUCCUCCUCCAAAUCAGAGGGUUCAGCCCUCCAACGGCCAGAGAAUGCUGGGAAAAAACCAGAGGAGAGGAAGGACUUGGUCAGGCCAAACAGACCAGCGGACCUGACGGCUCUGGCCAAGGAGCUACGUGCAGUAGAUGACGUUCGUCCCCCAAAUAAGGUGACAGAUUAUUCAUCCUCCAGUGGUGAAGAUUCAGACACCACUGAUGAAGAUGACGAUGAAGAGGUAGACCAGGAAGCAGGCGAAGAGUCAACCUCUGGCCCGGAGGACUCUAAAGCUGUUUCUUCUAGGCUCAGUAAUGGUGAAACAGAGUCGGUGAAAACCAUGAUCGUUCACGAUGAAGGCGAGAGCGACGCAGGCUCCACGCCUUGCAAAGACAGCACGCUGAUCGUCAGACAGAAUAGCCACUGUAGCUUGCCCUUUGAUCUAGCUAACACCUUCCCUUCCCCUGAACUGAUCAGGACCACAUCUAGACCCACAGUCCUCUACCCCUCUUUCUACUUCCAGAGUGCAGGUGACAACAGAAAGCGUCCGAGCCCCGGCCCGGGCCAAGCUCAAACCCCCGGGCUGCUCGCAGGCUUUGCCCCAAGUCCUGGCUCGGUGUCGGGCCUGGGCCUUGGCAACCACACCCCCAGCCCCCAUCAUCAUCAUCACAACCACCAUCACCCACCACAGCACUCAGACAGGAAUGGCUUUGCUGGACGCAUCCACCACCUCCCAGACCUGAUCCAGCAGAGCCAUCAUUCCUCCCCCUCCUCCUCUGCAUCCAACUCCCCUUCCUCUUCCAGCCUUGCCAGCCCCUCCACCAUGUCCCCUCAGAGUCCCCUGGACAAGCUCAGCAUCCUAAUAGAGAGCCAGUCUAGUAACAACAUGCAGAAACACAAGUCUUCCUCCUCCUUCACUCCGUUCAUCGACCCACGCCUCCUUCAAGUCUCUCCAUCCACCGGCAGCGCCCUUAACAACGUCGCCCUUCCCUUUGACCUCUUAGGCUACGGGAAUGACGCCCGGCUAGCAGAGGCGCUGAGGGCCGACCCAUCUCGGAAAGGCUCCGUGGUCAACGUUAACCCGGUCAACACCCGCCCGCAGAGCGACACGCCAGAGAUCCGCAAAUACAAGAAGAGGUUCAACUCUGAGAUCCUGUGUGCUGCACUAUGGGGAGUAAACUGUUGGUGGGCACAGAGAGUGGUCUGAUGCUGUUGGAUCGCAGCGGCCAGGGGAAAGUCUACCCUCUGAUCAACCGAAGGCGCUUCCAGCAGAUGGACGUCCUGGAGGGACUCAAUGUCCUGGUCACUAUAUCAGGUAAGAAGAACAAGCUCCGUGUGUACUACCUGUCCUGGCUGAGGAACAAGAUCCUGCACAAUGACCCUGAGGUGGAGAAGAAACAGGGUUGGACCACCGUAGGAGACCUGGAGGGCUGUGUCCACUACAACGUUGUGAAAUAUGAGAGGAUCAAAUUCUUAGUUCUGGCUUUGAAGAACUCAGUGGAGGUCUACGCCUGGGCACCCAAGCCCUACCACAAGUUCAUGGCCUUCAAG